AUGGCGGCACCCGAACCGCACACACGGCAGAGGAAUGGCACCGGAAACAAAUUCGGUGGAACCGAAGCAGACAGCAACAUCCUCAAGCUAUUUCGGAUGCUUGAUCGGAGCGAUGCCACCAUGUAUACCUUUUACCAACCAGGGAUUGGCACAUAUAUCACUUCGAACUCGAUGCAAACUACUUCGGCUGUGGGGCGUGUUCAUUCCUGGUACAAGAAAGCGAAGGAUUCGGCGGUCGGCUCAUCAUUUGCGGACCAUGUCAUGGGCGCAUACAAAUACCUGAUGAGAUACUACUGCUGUGAAGAUGACCUAUAUUUCUUCGGAUUCAGUCGUGGAGCAUACACCGCCCGCUUCCUGGCCGACAUGCUUGAUCACAUUGGUCUCCUUGGUGCUGGCAACGAGGAGCUUGUGCGCUUUGCUUGGAAAACGUAUGCAAAAUGGGCUGCUCGAACAAAUGACGGCACAGACAAAGCACAGAGGAAUGAGGAUGAGCAAUACAAAUUCAUGCGUGGCUUCAGAGAAACUUUCUGCAGGCCAGUCCGCCGUAUUCGUUUCCUUGGUCUCUUUGACACCGUCAACUCAGUCCCUCGUUUCGAGGGCGCAUGGAUGCAGAGAAGCAAGUUCCCGUAUACAGCCAGGCCCUCUGCCAAAGUGAUUCGGCAUGCUGUCUCGAUCGACGAACGGCGUGCCAAAUUCAGGCAAGAUCUGCUUGCGGGCUCCAGACACAAAAAGGAAGGCCAGGUGGAUGGCAAGGCGAAUGGCUGUGGCGGGCACCGUCAGUCCAUCGAGCCUGGGUCUUUGACUUCUUCGACCUAUGAUGUUUCUACGGACAAGCCAGGCUCGCAGAAGCCAAUGAGGCAUCGUCGUCGUAGAUAUUCGGGCACCGAUCAGGCCCAAGAUGUCAGUGAGGUGUGGUUUGCAGGUGGCCACGCUGAUAUUGGUGGAGGGUGGAAAAGAUGCCAGGGAGAGACUUGGCCACUCAGUCAUGCUCCACUGGUGUGGAUGAUUCACGAGGCUGAGAGGGCUGGCUUAAAUUUUGAUGAGACGCCCCUUCCCAUGGGUGAACCACGCGACAUUCCCCAAAAUGCACAAAUUCAUUACUCCGCGAUCGAGCGGAUGAGGAACGUCCCAAACUACCGGCCUGGCAAUCUCAUUAUCGGAGGAGGUGGGCGAGCCGUUCUAACAGCUCCUGCUAAGUGCGGUAUAGGUAAUUGGAAGGUCAGGGAGUGGCCUGGAGACCCCAUCAAAGAAACCUUUGUGCGCAAGCUUAGUCCUGAUGACAGCAGCAGCGGGUGA